UAAUAAAUUUUAAAACAAAAAAAAGAAACAAUUAAUCCCUAUUGCAUCGUAUUCUUCUUUGUCGAAGAACAACCAAGUAGAAGAUCAAAAAGUUUUCCAGAAAAAAAAAAUCUAGGGUUUCCGUGUAGACAAUCAGAUUCAAUUUCAUCGGAGGUUAAACCUUUUCCCCCCAAUCAGCAUCGAUAUUACCGGUGAGAAGAGAUUCGGUUUCUCCGGCGAGCCUUGAAACCUUUCAUCCGCCGAGCGUCACUUUGCUGCCUUGUUUUCUCCCCCAGUCAAACUCUCCGGCGACGAGAACCCACGCUGCUUCACCAACCUCUGUCAUCUUCUCUGCCAAAACUCCAAAGUAUCUAACAUCUUUAAUUAAUUUCCGGGUUAUGGAUUCUUCUAGCAGUAAACGCAACUAUCCACGACUGCUCUACAAAAAGGGCAAAGCUCCUAGCCAGCAGAGGAGUAUGAGCUAUUAUAGUUAUUUGUCAAAUUUUCAAAUGGUAGAAGAAGGUGUGGGACUUGAUGGAUGGGAUGCGGUAAAGAAGUCUGCAAUUGGUGUAUUUUCUAGGUUUUAUGAGCUCAAAUUCACAUGGUGUGCUAAGGUUGUCCAUCACCUAUUAACUCAUCAGAUUCGAGUUAAGAAGAAUUAUGAGAUAUGGUCAUUGAUUGAUUGGCAGCCCAUUCGUCUCUCUUUGAUUGAAUUUGGUGCGAUCACUAGGAUGAACUGCGAACCGUUUCUAAAAGACGACAUUUGUGAUGUUGAUCAUACAGAAUUCUGGAAAGAAAUGGGGGUUUCUCCGGUUGUUGGUCCUAACUUUGUCCAGCUUCAGUUGGUAUUAGAAAGAUGCAAAAAUUGGAGUCUCAAGAAUAGGACAAUGGUGGGUUUGUUAUGUGUUCUUCAUCUUGCUGUCUAUGGGAUUGCUCCCUCACGUCAUAUUCCGUUGGAGUAUGCCAAGAGAGUCCUUGAUUAUGAAGCUUUCCAGAGAUACCCAUGGGGUCGGGUAGCGUGUCAGAGUUUGAUAUACUCUGUUAAGUGUGCCGAUUACAGCGCGAAGGAAUCUUAUACAAUGGGAGGGUUCAUUUUCAUAUUACAGAUUUGGGCAUAUGAGUCAGUUAUGGGCUUAGGAGAGCUUUACGGGAAUAAAAUCAGUGGUGCAGAAUUGCCUCUUCUUUCAUGGAGUGGAUCCCGUAGGCGAUUUAAAUUUGAGGACUUUUUUAGGCAGGAGAAAGAACGUCAUGAAGAUAAGGCGCGUGUUAGGAAUUUUAUCACACAAACAGAUGGAGAGCUUACACCUCAGUGGGAUGAUGACGUGGAUGAUGAUGAUGUAACAAACUUGGUUCAUGAUAUCAGUCACAAUUGUGUAGAUCGUGGCUUUUGGGAUGUCAAUGAAGAACCUCCAGCUACUACAAGGAAGAAGCGUCCUACAUCUGUUCCCGAGACUGAUGUUCAGAGUUCAAAAAAGAAGAAGGCUAAUGAUACAAAAACUGUUGGAGUUGAGGAAGACUGUGAUGUGUCAAAUAAGGAAGAAACUCAAAUGAACCAGCUUUCUACCUUGAUGAAGACAUUGAUAGGAAAACUUGAUAAUAUAGAUACAUCAAUCGAAACAAAGAUUGGUGUUCUUCUUGCUCCUAUGAAUAAGAAGUUGGCAACAAUGGAGAAGGAACUUCAAAAGCUGAAAGAAAAAGACGUAGCUGAUGACAGAAAAGAAGAUGCAAAUUCCAAUGUUAAUGAACAUGCUGAAGUAAAUAGCAGAGAAAUGUCUUGGUUGGUGGAGAUCAAUUCCACAUCGCAGGAUGGUUUACCUGCUCAACGUGUUGUCAAGAAAGUGAGGAAGGCAAUCCCAAAAUGUGAAGAUAUGGGACUUGGCAAGAAAAUGUGAAGACUAGUCUCCAAUGCAUCUUUCGUGUCAUAUCGUUGUCCAACAGCUAUAUUAAGUGCAUCUAAUUCUAGCUUAACAUGAACAUUACCCCGUUUUACCGGAACACUCCCAGACAUGGAACCACUUUUCAUACUGGUUGAAAUUUUAUUCUUCUUUUCCUCUUCUUCUUCUUCUUCUUCAUCUUCUUCUUCUUCUUCUUCUUUUUCUUUUUCUUCUUCUUCAGCAUGAAUCCCAUUCAAUGCAAAGUCUUCGUCACCUGAAGAUGCGCCAUCUAAAUCAUCACAAUAAUCAAAUAUGGAGCCUUCGUCUUCAUCAUCACUUUUGUCCUCGUCUUUUUCCAAAACUCGUUCCUUAAGUUCGAGACAUACUUGCAUUGCCUCCAUUUUCAGCUGUUCCAAAAAUCCAGUGAAUUGCCUCUGAUUUUUAAUAUCUAUAGGUGGUGUGUUUUGGGGUAACGUCAACAAAACCUUCUUCGGAAACAUGUAGCUCAAUUCCACCUCAUAAAUCUGCUCAUUAACCUUAUACUCUUUGAUCACCAUAUGAACAAAAUCAUCAUAACUUGUUUUGUCUUCUAUGGCUAUAGCUUUACUCCUCAUUCCUUUGUCAACACCAAAUAACCAUUUGUUUUUACCAAAUAUCCAAUGACCACAAACAAUUUUUAUUUGUGCCAUGAGAGAAGAAGAAGAAGGAAGAAAAGAAACGUCAAUCUGAAAACGCCAUUAACGUUGACCAAGGUAAUCACGUGUAAAAGAGUGAUUCUUAAAUUAGGGCUUUUCUCUUUGUUUGGUUUAAAUUAAUUUGGGUUUGGUUUAAUUAAAUAAAAUUUGGUUUA